AUGGCAGUCGCUGUCACGGCCCCAAUUGUUAUACCUGGCCUUCAUGUUCCUCCUACCAUUAAGGACCUUCUCCAGUCAUCACGAGCUUACAAUCUUCUACCGGACGAUGGAGACCAGCCACAGGUGCAGCAGAAUCACCUUCAGGAGCUUGCCAGUCUCUUUACGCGUUUCAAUGUGCAGAAAAAAUUCGGACUCCACCUCAUCCACGGACACUUCCAGAUCGAGGAAGACAAAAUCAUGCUUGGGACGUCCCUCAAAUCCGUGCGGGGAUGCUGGACCCAGCCCACUAGUAUCGCAGAUAUCAACCCGGCAGAGAUCCAUGGCCACAUCUUCAAGCUAACAGCCAGCGGCGAGAUGCAAGCCUACAAGUAUCACCAAGGACCAACAGCUAGUUUGGAUGACGUCGAUCCCGUGUUCUUCCAGGAACUAUUUGUCCUCGCGGAUAACGGGACCGUCAUGUUGGAUGAAAGAGAUGUGAAAAACCGUGGGACACCUUUCCGCAUCACUGGGUUUUUUCUUGAAGAGCCAGGCAUGACUGAGUUCAAGGACGGAGAGACCCAUGCACCAACUGUCAGAGGUACCCACCAAGUCUUUACCAACAACAAGAUCGAAACGGAGAACCAGCUUAUGGCUAUCCUCCGAAAGAAAUCGCACGAAAGAUUCGGGGAUCGGAACGAUGUGCAUGAAGAUUCUCUGCACAAAGGUACAACCACUGAAGAAGAGGAUGAACUGGAGUAUGAAGUCGAACGGGUCCUGGAGUCGAGGCUGGGUAAUGGGGAACUCCAAUACUGCCUCAAGUGGGUUGACUACGGUGAUGAUCCUGAUGGGAAGUGCCUAAUCGGCCCUGGGGUUUUCGACGGGAUCUCUACGCACGUGGCAAGCUCUGUAGGGUUUGACUUCUUGUAUCUUGCCGGCAGCGGAUCGACGGGUUCAUAUUGCGGGGAGCCAGAUCUCUCGAUUAUGACACAGACCGAGUUCUGCAAACUAGGCGAGAUGAUAGCAUCACACACGCAUCUUCCUGUAAUUGCCCAUGCUGAUACGGGUUUUGGGGGCCCACUCAACAUUGCUCGCGCAGUGCGAAUGAAUGAACAUGCGGGUAUCGCGGGGCUGCAUAUUGAGGACCAAGUCUUUCCCAAGCGAUGUGGACAACUUCAAGGAAAAGAUGUAGUAGAUGAGGAAGUUUUCAUCGAGCGCAUUCGCAGCGCCGUUGAAGGCCGCCAGGAUCCUGAUUUUGUCAUCAUUGCACGCACUGAUGCCAGACAAGCCAAAAGAUUUGGUGGCCCCAAUGCCGGACACGAGGCAUUUGAGGAAGGCGUGAAGCGACUCAAGGCAGCUGUGGCUGCUGGCGCCGAUAUGGUGUUCAUGGAAUCUCCUCGGACAGAGGACGAGUGCAAAACGCUUUUAAAGGAAAUGGGGGAUGUACCAGUACUGAUCAAUGUACUUCCUAAUGGCCUCAUGCCUAAUUUCAAGACGUCUGACUGUCAGAGCUUGGGUUUCAGAGCCGCGAUAUAUCCAUACACUGGGUUCAUUCCGGCCAUGCUUGCCAUGCAGCGCUCCUACAUUGCACUGAAAGAAACUGGUACGGACCUUGAAUCUUGCGAGGGCAAGACAAUCAAGGAUUUCUUCAACCAGGUCGGUCUGGCAAAGGCAUGGGACUUUGACUCUAGGAUAAGUGAUUUCAGUUAUAAAUAUACCGGCCAAAAGGGAGAACAACAUGAGGGUUGA